AUGCGAGUAAAGAUGCAGGAGGAGAACUGUACUGCACAGAAAAAGACUUUCGAGUUGCUUCGCAACCCAUUUGCCGUCGACGUGGAAACUGCACCUGUGCAGAUUCAGAUGGAGCUGACUGAGCUGCAGUGUAACGGGACACUGCAGGGCCCGCACACUUUAUUCACUCCAUUCCCGCAGCAAUGCCCCAGCUCCGUCUACAUGCGGCUCGAACCUUUUCUCCCUGUGGACACUAGGACUCAGCUGAUUGAUGUUUGUGUCUCUGUGUCCUCAGUUUCCCAGCAUGCCUUCACUGUGGAGGUGUAUGAGGGGGCGGAGUCAGUCCUGCUGUCCUGUCAGAUCUCCUCUGUUCCUGGGUUCCCCACAGUGAUUUGGAGCCGCUUCGAUCUCAGUCCUUCAACCGUCCACGAGGGAGACCAGAGAGGUGAGAUCCUUAGAGACCAGAACCAGCGUUACAGAGACCGAACAUCAGUGAAGACUGACGCUCUGAGGACUGGAGACCUCAGCCUCACUCUGAGGAAACCCCGCCUCUCUGACAGCGGCACCUACACCUGCACCAUCACAGCGUUUGGAAAUGAGCGGAGACUGGCAGUCGUACAGCUGCAGGUCAAAGUUUCCCAGCAUGCCUUCACUGUGGAGGUGUAUGAGGGGGCGGAGUCAGUCCUGCUGCCCUGUCAGAUCCCUUUUGUACCUGAGGACACCACAGUGAUGUGGAGCUGCUUCGAUCUCAAUCCUACAACCGUCCACCAGUGGACGGAGGAAGGUGAUGACCUUAGAGACCAGAACCAGCGUUACAGAGACCGAACAUGGAUGAAGACUGAUGCUGCGGAAACUGGAAACCUCAGCCUCACUCUGAGGAAACCCCGCCUCUCUGACAGCGGCACCUACACCUGCACCAUCAGACCAGUUGGAGAGGAACCCAGACUGACAAACGUUCAGCUGCAGGUCAAAGAACCGUACACGUUCCCAACUGAAGCCACUGUUCUCCUGGUUCUUCUGGGUCUGGUUGCUGUUGUUGUUGUUGGUCUGGCUGUGUAUUUCUGGUUCUAUGUCAUCAGAGUCUCUAAGGUGGUGGUGGAGGUGGAGGAGGGGGCGGAGUCUGUCCUGCUUCCUUACAGAACCAUCGCGUGUCUGCCGAGGGACGCCACAGUGGAGUGGAGGUGCUGUGAACCUAAACCCAUGACGGUCCAUGUUCAUCAGGAUGGACGUGACCGUCCAGACAAACAGGAUGAAUUUUACCAGAACCGAACGCAGAUGAAGAAAAACCCUCUGAGAACUGGAGACCUCAGUCUGACCCUGACUGACCCCAGUUAUCUGGACAGAGGGACCUACGUCUGCUCCGUCCGCAGACACAAACACAUCCUGAUACAGAAAGUAGUUCAGCUGCAGGUCAGAGUCCAACAGGUGGAGGUGAAGGUGGAGGGGGGGGUGGAGUCUGUCCAGCUGCCGUGUCAAAGCAGAGUUCACCUUCCUGAGGACGUCACAGUCGUCUGGAAGUUCUGUCAGUCCAAGACCACAACGAUCCACGUGAAUCACAACGGCUGUGACCAGAGAGACCAACAACACGAGUUUUACAGAGACCGAACAGAGAUGAAUGAAGACCUGCUGAGAACUGGAGACUUCAGUCUGACCCUGAAACACCCCACAGACAGUGACACAGGAAGAUACACCUGCACCGUCUUAAUGGACAAACACUUUCCCAUGAAGAAAGAGGUGAAGCUCCGGGUCAAAGUCCAACAGGUGGAGGUGGAUUCAGGGGUGGAGUCUGUCCAGCUGCCCUUCAGAACCACAGGUGACCUGGAUGGAAACAUCAGAGUGGAGUGGACGGACAGUUACAACAGGAAGGUCCAUGUGUAUAAGAACGGCUCUGACCGACCUGAAGAACAGGACCAGGUUUACAGAGACCGAACAGAGAUGAAGAAAGACCUGCUGAGAACUGGAGACCUCAGUCUGACCCUGAAAUACCCCACAGACAGAGACAGAAGAACCUACACCUGCACCGUCUACAGCAGGAGGAGAAACAUCCUGAUGAAGAAACAAGUGGAGCUACAGGUCAAAGUCCAACAGGUGGAGGUGGAGGAGGGGGUGGAGUCUGUCCAGCUGCCCUUCAGAACCACAGGUGACCUGGAUGAAGACGUCAGAGUGGAGUGGUGGAACAGUAACAGGAAGGUCCAUGUGUAUAAGAACGGCUCUGACCGACCUCAAGAACAGGACCAGGUUUACAGAGACCGAACAGAGAUGAAUGAAGACCUGCUGAGAACUGGAGACCUCAGUCUGACCCUGAAACACCCCAAAGUCACAGACACAGGAGAAUACAGAUGUGGAGUCUACAGGUGGAUUUGGUACAUGAGAGAGAAAACUGUGCAGCUCAAAGUGAAAAAGAGAACUCAGGUCAAAGAUGAAACAGUCGACAUCAGGAACAGAAGCUGCUCCACUGAUCCAACUCCUCUGAUGGCUGAUCAAUCAGUUUGAUCGGUCUUUGAUCAGUCUGUGACGAUGGAUGAAGACAGGAGGACGCUUUGUCAACGUCUUCUUCACUCUGAGUCCCACUGACUCUCACACAGUCACUAUUGAUCAGUAUUGAUCAGUAUUGAUCAGUGAUGUCACAUUGGAGACGUGUUAACAGAGAACUGCAAACAUCACUCUGACUCUGUUUCCUCCCUCAACAACAUCAGUCUCUCUCUCUCUCUCUCUCUCUCUCUCUCUCUCUCUCUCUCUCUCUCUCCAUCGUUCUUUCUUGUAGGUUUUUCAUCUCUCUCUCCUCUUCAGGUAUUUCUGCCUCUGGAGCUGUAGAGUCUGAUCUGUGAUGACGUGUCUCCUGCUGCUCCUACGAUCCUGCUCAGCACCUGAACAUGUACCUCUUACCAUCUUAGCUCUGGUUCUGCUCCAGGUUUCUGCCUCUUAGAGGAAGUUUUUUCUCUCCACUGUCGACCAGUGCUGCUCAUGGUGGAACUGUUGGUUCUCUCUGUAAAUAACAGACAGAGUUCAGUCUAGACCUGCUCUGUAUGAAAAGUAUCCUGAGAUUACUUCAAUAAAAACUGACUUAAAAUAUGAUCAAA